UGGACUCCUUCUCCCCAGGCCCCUGGACGGGAGUGUGAUGCCCCUCACCCUCCUGCUGCUGCUCUGGGGACCCCUGGCCCUGAUGGAGACCCGGGCGGGCUCCCACUCCCUGAGGUAUUUCUCCACCGCGAUGUCCCGGCCGGGGCCCAGGGAGCCCCGCUUCAUCGCGGUGGGCUACGUGGACGACACGCAGUUCGGGAGGUUCGACAGCGACUCUCCGGGCCAGAGUGCGGAGCUGCGGGCGCCCUGGGCGGGGCAGGUGGGGCAGGAGGACCUGGACCAGGAGACUCGGAUCCAAAGGAACAACGCGCAGUGGUUCGAAGCGCUCCUGAGGGACCUGCCCGGCCGCUACAACCAGAGCGAGGACGGGUCUCACACCCUCCAGAGCAUGUUUGGCUGUGAAGUGGGGCCCCACGGGAACCUCCUUGGCGGUUAUGAAAAGUUCGCCUACGACGGCGCGGAUUUCAUCUCCCUGAGCGAGGACCUGCGCUCCUGGACCCCCGCGGACCCGGUGGCUCAGAUCACCCAGCGCGCGUGGGAGGCGCAGGGGAGGGCUGAGCGCGUCAGGGGCUGUGUGCAGAGCAGGUGCUUGAUGUGGAUCCGCAGAUUCCUGGAGUCGGGGAAGGAGGUGCUGCAGGGCACAGAUCCCCCAAACACAGAGGUGACCCUCAACCUCACCUCUGACCAUGAGGUCACCCUGAAGUGCUGGGCCCUGGGCUUCUACCCUGCGGAGAUCACCCUGACCUGGCAGCGAGAUGGGGAGAACCUAACCCAGGACAUGGAGCUGGUGGACACCAGGCCUGGGGGGGAUGGAACCUUCCAGAAGUGGGCGGCUGUGAUGGUGCCUUCUGGAGAGGAGCAGAGUUACACGUGCCAUGUGCAGCAUGAGGGGCUGCUGGAGCCCCGAGUUCUGAGAUGGGUGCCCCUUCCUGAGUCCUCCAUCCCUACGGGGGGCAUCAUUGCUGGCCUGGUUCUCCUUGGAGCUGUGCUCACUGGAGCUGCAGUGGCUGCAGCUGUGAUGUGGAGGAAGAAGCGCUCAGGUGGACAAGGCUCCUAUUGCUUGCUUUCCACAGGUUGACAAGGCUCCUGUUAGCACUCAGGCUCCAGGUUUUGUUGUGUUCUCCCCUGGGAAGCAGCAGUUCCAAGGGCUAUGAAGUGUAUGUAGGCCCUAAAGGUGAGACCCUGGAGGACUCCAGUGGGGUGGAGGUUGAGGCAGAGAGUCUGGCCCUGGAUUAUGGGGAUGAUUUCAGGACAUCUUGAGAAUGCAGUGGUCUAUUGAUAAUGUUAACACUCAGGGUAUUCACCUGAAUUUCUUCAUAAUUAUUUUCUUUCAUGAUGUGAGACAGCCUUGUGUUGGUCUGAGUGUUACAGGAUUCCUUUGUCCCCACAUUUUGUGGCUUUAUGAUCCCCUGGUUUAAACCACUUCACACCUGUGAGAAUGGCCCAUUGUUUCCAAAAGAUCGGAAACAACCAGUGCUGGCAAGGAUGUGAAAAAAGGGGACAGUCCUGCAUUGUUUUUGGAUAUAGACUGAGCCAGCCCUUAUGGACACAGUGUUGAGGUUUCUUAAAAGAGUAAAUGUGGUUCUGCCAUUGGACCCAGCAAUUCCGCACUGAGGAUCUACUUACAGAGGAUAAAUACUCUCCUGUGAAGGGACCUGCACUCCCGUCACCACUGCAGCACUGUUUACAGUAGCCAAGCUGUGGACACCACCUAAAUACCUCCAAACAGGUGUCAAAUCAAGAAGAAGCUGUGAUUAUAUGUAUACAUAUGUGUACAUAUACAGGUGAUAUAUGUACCUGCAUAAUGAAAUAGCAUCCACGGUCAGAAAACACUGCGACAACGUGAAUGGAGGAGGGAUAAGUCAAAAGGAAAAAUAAAAAUAUUUAUAUAUGGACGUAGAGAAAGCAGACGAGGGGGCAAGAUUAAGCCAAACUUCAAAACUAACCCUUGAGCCCCGCCAGGCUGUGCCUAUUGCUGACCAGGGCUGCAGACCAGCCCAGGCUUCCUGGCCUGUCAGCACUGGGUGGUGGACUGACCCUUUCUAGUUUGGCAUCAGACUCAUUUGACAACAAAGACUGACUCCUGCUGACUGAGUCCCCCGUUGUGUCUUGUUGCACCUACAUGACCUCUGGAUAUCCCCAGCAUUUGCUGUUUCCUGGGUCUGAGAUGGAUCUUGUACUUGAUGCUGCAGAUUAUGACUUUUUUACAGCACUUAUAUAUCCACCACAUGGCCAGAAGGUGACAUCUUCUGACAAAUUAUUAUUCUCCUGAUAGUAACAAAUCUUGGUGCUUUUAUCCUUUAUUUUCUCUUUGCAACACUGAAUUAUUCUUUAUAAUUCCCUAAUGAAACAUCCACAAUUUUUUUUUCUAGAUUUAUUUAUUUAUUUAUACAAGCACUGGGUACAGUCAGAAGCGUGGGAGGGUGAGAGAAUUCACCAGAGCCAGAGCGGGGAGCAGGACAGGCAGAAGGACCGAAGUACACUGCUGAGGGAGGCAGCGGGCAGCAGGAGAGGUCUGCGCGCCAUGUGGGACCCUUGUUGGUGGCUGGGGAUCGAACUGGCACUGCAGGGGCUGUGGGCAGCUUCGCAGCCCAGCUCUCAACCGCUGCACUACCAGGGAGGCCCCUUCCACAAUUUUUUAAAAGUUCAUUUUUAACUUUUGUGUAGAAGAACUGGGGUGUAGGCCAGUGGUGUGGGAUAUGAGAGAAUUCACCAGAAACAGUGGGGUGCAGAACAGGCGGAUAUACUGAAAUAUACUGCUAAGGGGAGUAGUAGGCAAGACAGGAGAGGUCUGCUGCACCAUGUGGUGUAGCUCCCUGGCUGAGGAUCCACUCAGGCUCUUGUAGUGGACCUUCUGGGUGGUAGUGCUGAGACUUAACCCCUAGGCUACCGGAGAGGCCCAACACCCACAAAUUUUUUUUUUAAUGUGAAAAAGUUUUUAUUUUCCUUACAGAUGCUUUUUGCAUGUUAGAAGAAGACAUUAGUGCCCUACUUCAUUGGCUUAAUUCUGAUUCAAGAGAAAGAUAUGGUUAGUAAGGUGGGAGAAAUUAUUACAUCAUUGAAUCAUUAAUAAUCCCGAGGGAGAGAAAUGGAGACCAUCAGGCACAUAUCCUUAAUUUUUUUUUUUCCUAAGAUGUCAUUUAUUUUGUUUAGUAACUCUAGCUAUAGGAAACACAACAAAAUCCUACAGAGAGCUAUACUUCAGAAUGGAGAACUAUUUU